AUGGCUCUUCCGUUCAUUGAGGUCGUGUGCCGUGGAGGACCCCCCGCUGAGGAUAACUGCCCCUCUACCAUCGCUGACGCGAUCGCAGUCUGGAGGUCAGAGGACGACGGUAUGUUUUCGCCGAUCUUUGGAGAGUUCGCCUGGGGAGACGAAGUCGACAUCGACAAGACCAUUGUUUCAAUGAUAAAGUCCCGCGCACCUCUUCCUCAGCAAGCCAUCGACUUCUUCGCCUUUGAACUCGUUCCCGACUGCAUCGGCCUGGCCGUCAUCUAUAACACUCUUGUCAUCGAGCUUCCAGAGACGGACUUCGAAACUUUCCACCGCCGUCUCGCAACGCUUGCUGACAGAAUUUGCGGCGUUCCCUUGCUUUUGCACUACAACAAUGGUCCUUUGCCCAAUUCCGAGCACACGAUCGACUCGGGCGCGGCCAGAAACCAGCGAUUCAUGAGCAUGGGAUGGCGGUAUUCAAAGGUUGUUGGGGCCCGCGGCUCCUUCGUCCAACAGACAGCCUACGCUGAUUUGCAACUGAGAAACGCAGAUACUGCCGGUGAAUUCGUUCGCUAUUCUGACGUGUUCGACCCUCUCAUCGAAAUAGGUUCUAAGGUAACGCUGUGA